AACAUUUUUUUGAGGUCGUUUUAGUUUCUGUAUCACGUGACGAUACCGGAAACGUACAGAAUAAUCGACGAGGGCGAAGCUCAAGUCAAACAGAACUCCUUCAGUGCUCAUUCAUGACUGCAGUGACUCAACUCUCUAAACAUGUUACUGACGACAUGAACAUUUAUUUAUAAAAAAACAUCGGCUGGAGGAGCUUCAGAAGAACCACAACCACAGAUUUAUUUAAAGACCCACACAGAUUCACACAGACAGAAAUCUGAUGGCGUCCGUCAGUUCAUUUGGAGCUUUCAGGCAGUUUUUAUGCAGAACUGUAAAGAUUAGGAGGAUACACGAGCGGGUUUGGACUCGGCGGAUCAGAAUCUCAGGUCGAGAAGCUUCAUUCCUAAUGGCUGUAACUCCUCUUUCAUAUCUGAUGUAUAAGAGAGUCACUCGUUUCCCAGCAGUCUCUGCGCUGGACAAAGCUGAAGAGGUUUUGGAACAAGCCGACUAUCUGUACAGCUGCGGAGAUACACAAAAACUUCAUCAGCUCCUGGUGCAGUAUAAAGACAGUAACGACGCAGAGUUUCUGUGGCGGCUGGCACGAGCGUCGCGUGAUCUGUCGUUACUGUCCAGCAUCAGCAGCGAUGAGAAGAAGCGGCUCACAUACGAGGCUUUUGAAUUCGCAAAGAAAGCCCUCGAGAAAAACGAGUCUUCAUUUGCGGCACACAAAUGGUUCGCUGUUUGUCUCAGUGAUGUGGGCGAUUAUGAAGGAACCAAAGUAAAAAUAGGGAAUUCCUACAUCAUCAAAGAUCAUCUGGAGCGAGCACUUGAACUCAAUCCUAAAGAUGCAACGUCCAUCCAUAUUCUCGGUUACUGGUGUUUUGCGUUUGCAGAGUUACCCUGGUACCAGCGUAAAGUUGCAGCUGUGAUUUUUGCAUCACCCCCCACUGCCACCUAUGAAGAGGCGCUGGAGUAUUUUUUAAAAGCAGAGGAAGUCGACCCAAAUUUCUACAGCAAAAACCUGCUGAUGCUCGGAAAGACUUACAUGAUGUUAGGAGACCGUGAUCGAGCUGCACUUUGGCUACAGAAAGCACACGACUAUCCUGCGCUAACAGAAGAAGAUAAAGAGGUUCACAAGGAAUCACUGAAUCUUCUGAAGAAAAUCAAAGGAUGAGUUGCAGCUGCAGAAGUCCAGAUGUUUGGUCUCCUCAAACAUAUACAUUUAAAGACAAUUCAUUUGUUUGGUAUACAUAUGCAGUUCAUCAUGUAAGGUGUUUAAAGUCUUUAUAUUU